UAAUUCCUUUAAAAUUAAUUUCAAUCAAAAAAAAAAUAAAUAAAAUAAAAAUUAAAAAGUGUUAUUAGUUAAUAUUAAGAAAAUAGAAAAUAUGACCAAUUAUAAUCCAAAUUGUGGUUAUUAUGAGGAUUAUGGUUCUGGCUACUAUGCCACCACAAACCCCUCAGUCAUGGCUGCCUCAACCAAUAAUAUUUAUCAACAGGAUUAUUAUAUGCAACAGGAUUAUGAAUAUAAACAUGGUUAUGACUUAUUUGAUGCCAAAGUACCCUCCUCGCAAAGAUCUUCCGGUUUUCAUAUAUCGGAUAUAUUAAAUUUAGAAAACUCUGAACUUAAACACACUACUGGCGGCGGUCAUCAUCCGCAAGAUAUUAAUCAGCAACAACAACAACAAACCACCUCCGAUGCCAAUCACUUAAACCCCUUAAAUGGUGACUCAACUCAUCUAACUACAGCCGCCAAUCCUAAUGCCGUUUUAGAUCCAAAUAAUGCUUCUAGUGUGGCUUCAGCAGCGGCGGUUAGUGCUUCAGCUCAGGCUCAGGCAGCCGCUCAAUUUAUUGCCAAUCAUAAUGCUGCCGCUGCGGUAGCGGCUGCUGGUCAAUAUUUACCUAAAAAUUUCCCCAAUGGUUUCAACGAUGACAUGUCUUCGUAUCAUAUAGCCCAUACAAUGCUUACGCAUUCGGGGCGUUCGCCUUGGAUUAAGGAAAAUGAUUUAUACGGCGUCCAACAACCUGCCAGUCCCGACAGUACCUCACCCGUUAACUCAGAAGUUUCCUACACCUAUAUCGGUUCAAAUUGCCAAACCUCACCCGCUCUAUCGGGAGAUUACAAAACCUACAGUCGUUCAGCCGAUAGUGAUGCCCUCUCGGUGGGCGGUGGAGACAACAAUAAUCUACAUCAUCUGCAUAGUCAACAAAAUAAUGGUCAUUUAAUGAAACCCAAUACCGAUAGCAAUAACAGUGCUGGUGGUAAUUCCUCUAAUCCUCAUGAUGAUAGUUUAAUAGAAGAUGGUAUAGAGGAAGAGAUCGAUGAUGAAAAUGAUCAGGAUGGCAGUAAUACGGGCACAGGAUCAGAUGGUAUGCCUAAUAAGAAAAGAAAACGACGAGUUUUAUUUACCAAGGCCCAAACGUAUGAAUUGGAGAGACGUUUUAGACAACAACGUUAUUUAUCGGCUCCCGAAAGAGAGCACUUAGCCAGUUUAAUAAGACUAACACCCACCCAAGUGAAAAUCUGGUUCCAAAAUCAUCGUUACAAGACAAAGCGUGCCCAAAAUGAAAAGGGCGUUUACGAACAACAUCCUGCCUUACAUGGUCAUCAUCAUCACCCCUCGGCCUUGCCCUCACCACGACGAGUAGCUGUGCCUGUGUUAGUGCGUAAUGGCAAACCCUGUCUCAGUGAUGGCACCAAAUUACCGCAAGAUUGUGUCUCUGCUUCUAUGCAAAAUGCUGCAGCCCAUCAUUUAGUGUUGGCCAAUGGUGCAGCUUAUCAACAUGCCGCAGCGGCUGCUGCUGCGGGUAUGCAUGCUGCUCAUGCCCAUCAACGAGCCUGGUGGCAUUAGAAAUUAAAGGAAUUUUCCCAAAUCUAGACAAAUUUAGGUUUAUUUUUUAGUUAGAGUAAAUAAAAGCUGCUGGGUGGCCUUAAAAAGUUAACAAUAACAGGUGUUUAGAACAAAAAAGUAAGCAGGGCCCCUAAUACUAAAAAGAAAAAUUCCUUUCAAAAAAAAACUUUAAAAAAUUUUAAGAAAAAAAACUAAAAAUGAAUUUCAAAAAUUCACAAGUUUUGCUACCAAAAAAAAUUGAAACCAUUAAAGCAAUAAUUUAAAAACAGCAUUUUAGAAGCGACUCGAAUAAUCAACAAUUUGGACAAUAACAAAAAAAAACAUAAAACCUUGGGAGUAAAUUUAUUAAAAACAAAAAUAGAUUUGUUGCAAUUUUAUUUUUGUAAAAAUGUUUCCUUUUUAAAAUUUCAUUUUAAUAACAAAAAAUUG